AUGUCAGAAUUUGUUCGCAUAGGGGAAAAGGAAACGAAAGAAUGGCUGAAAAGAAAAGACAAGCCACGGAGAAUAUCAACGAACAGAGAAAUCAAGCAAACAAAGGGUGUUUGGAGAAGAUGUCCCCUUCAAGUUCAGCCAUUAGACGGCGGCUGCGGGAUUGAUUGUUAUCGAAUGAAAAUGAAGGCCCCUUUUAUAGCCUAA